GUAAACGUUAAAACAAGAAUCGCAAAGGUUUAAAAAUUUUAAAAUUUACUUCGGUGUUGGAAAACCGAUGACCCUCACUGAAAACCCUAGCGUGUACUCACUACUGAACUUCCCACGCUUACUGAGCUCCUCUGUGCGUCUCUUCACCGAAGUACUGUAUUCCGAGGACGACUUGAGAGUUGGACUUCGUGCAGCGCAUCGUGCGACCCAGUGCACCUCACGGUUUUCUUGUGGACAGGACCCUCCACUUGUAGAUCCAACCUCAAGGUUUGAACGCAGGUUUUGUUGGAGCAUGGCUUCCAAAUUGCGAGGCGACGCCGCUCAGCAACCCACUUCGUUUCGUCGGACCGCGCACGUCGGCACUCGUACCGGGGAGAAGCAGUUAGAGUGCGCAGUCUGCCAGAAGAAAUUUGGGUACCCAAGUCAUCUCGAAAUUCAUUUACGAACCCAUACAGGCGAGAAGCCAUUCGAGUGCACAGUCUGUUUGAAGAAGUUCUAUAAUGCAUCGCAUCUCAGAAACCAUGUACGGAUCCACACAGGAGAGAAGCCAUUCGAGUGCAUUCUGUCAGAAAAAGUUUAAUCAAGCGUCGAAUCUCAGACAGCAUUUACAAACCCAUACAGGCGAGAAGCCAUACGAGUGCACAGUCUGUCUGAUGAAGUUUAAUAACGCAUCACAUCUCAGAAGGCAUUUACAAACCCAUACAGGCGAGAAGCCAUUCGAGUGCACAGUCUGUCUGAAGAAGUUUAGAGGAGCAUCGAAUCUAAGAAGCCAUUUACGAGCCCAUACAGGCGAGAAGCCCUUCGAGUGCACAGUCUGCCAGAAAAAGUUUAGUGAAGCAUCGACUCUCAGAAGCCAUUUACGAACCCAUACAGGGGAGAAGCGAUUCGAGUGCACAGUUUGUCAGAAGAAAUGCAGUCGACGACAUUUUCUCAAAAUACAUCUUGGAACCCAUACAGGAAAGUAGCUAUUCGAGUGCACAGUCUGUUUGAAGAAGUUUAAUGAAGUAUCGCAUCUCAGAAGCCAUUUACUAGGCCAUGCAGGGAUGAAUCCACUCCAGUCUCUCUGAUCAACUCAUUUCACAGCAUAUGGGGACAUACGGUCACAAUUGUUGCGUAUUUUUAGUAUUGCUGGAGUGAGACAUCAUAUUUGGUACAAUACGAAUCAUUUAACAUUCAAUCUAGUGCUAAUUCUUGAUGUCUUGAUCAAUGCACGACAGUCAAUUAGAUAUGAAAGGAGCUGCAGCGUCAUAAGUGACGCGGCUCACGCUUUUAAUGUGACGUCGGUUUCAUGUAACACUUAGUGGUUACCUGGUGGUGUCUUGAAAUUGAAUAUGCUGCUCUCUUAAGAGAGCAAGAUUGUAGUGAUGCUUCUUAAAAGAAUCUAUUAUCAGGUGCGUGCUUUAGACACUGUUUGACUGGAACCGCGUAUUUUUUUAAUUGUUGACCUUGGUAAGGUGGUUCUUGUAAUGGUCUCACGUGUGUGUGUGUGUGUGUGUGAACUCUUUCAUUGUGAUACGAGCCAUUUCAUAAUUUUGUUGGACUCUUUUGUCUUUUCCUAAGAUGGUUUCCGUGUCAUUGUUUUUUCCUGUUAUUGCAAGACUAGGUUAUUAGACUUUCUCUCGUUCGGAAAUAAAAAAGGCGCUUAUAUUUUUUUCAAUAUCUUUCAGUACAAGUAUUUGAACUGCUGUAAUAUUUUAUAUUUUAAGUAAAAAGGGGAAAUUUUCAAAAUUUUAGCUUUAAAUAUCUUAUUGAAUUUUCCCGGUUAUCUUUUUUUUGUAGUCGUGUACCCGCCUGUACUCG